AUGGAUUCCACGCGAAUAAGUGUGUGGAAAAAGGAGAUAGGACCAUCAUUGAAUGAUGUGUUUUUAAAAAAAGAUUUAGAUAAUAUAAAACACGGAAAUGAUGAAAAGAAGAACAACAUAUAUUUGAAUACCAUAAAUGUUAAUGAAAAAAGUAAUAAUAAUAAUAAUAAUAAUAAUAUUAGUAGUAGUAGUAGUAGUAGAAGUGGUUUGGUUGAGAAAAAAGAAAAAUAUAGCGAUUUUAUCUGUCGAGAUAAAUUUGUAUUUGAUAUGAAUAUUACCUGUUUUCCAAAUUAUAUGCAUAAGUCAUCAUUAAAUAUAAAAAAGAAAUUUGAUAUAAGUGAUUUAAUUAUAGAAGUUCGAGAUGCAAGAUUACCUUUUACAUGUACUAAUGAUUUUAUAAUUGAUGAUUUAAAGAAAAAACUAGCAAUGAAUGAUAAUAAUAAUAAUAAUAAUAAUAAUAAUAAUAAUAAGACGAAUAAAAAACGUAUUAUUAUAUUAAACAAAGUAGAUUUAAUACCAAGAAAGUUAGCUUUAAAAGCUCAAAGUUUAAUUGAAGAAAAAACAAAUACCGUGUGUUUAUUAACUUCAUCUAAAUAUAAUAAAAAUAUCUCAAAAAUUAGAGAUAUAUGUAAAGAAAUGAAACCAAAAUUUAAAAGUUUUGGAUUAUUUGCUAUGCUCAUUGGUUUACCUAAUGUAGGUAAAUCUAGUAUUAUAAAUUCAUUUAAGGAUAUUACAUAUAAUUUAAGUAAAUAUGGAUAUAAAAAUAAUAAAAUAGCUUUUGAAGUCAAUAGAAAAAGAGUAAAAACAAAUGUCAUAGCUGGAACAACUAAAAUGAUUGAUACUUAUAAAGUCUCAAAUAAUCCUUUACUUUAUUUAAUAGAUACACCAGGAAUUUUUUUACCUAAAUUAGAAGAUAAAGAAAUUUCCUUAAAAUUAAGUUCGAUUGGAAAUACAUUAGAUUAUAAAUAUGACCAUAUGUAUGUUGGUGAUUAUAUUUUAUUUAUACUUAAUAAACACAAACAUUAUAAUUAUGUUAAAAUAUUAGGUUUAGAUUCUCCAUCUAAUGAUAUUCGUUUUAUAUCUAAUGUUAUAUCAACUAAACUAAAUUUAUGUAGAAAUUAUAAAUAUUUAGAUAUUAAUGGAGGUUGUAGGUUUUUUAUAGAUAUGUUUAGAUUAGGUUUAUUAGGCCAAGUAUGUUUAGAACCUGUACCAGAUAAACAAGAUUUUAUCACUUAUUUGGACUUCAAAUCUGAUGAACCACUAACUCUUAAUUCGAAGAAAUAUCCAACACCAUUCAGAGGUUUAUUAUAG